AUGCGAAGUCUGAUUCUCAGGCUGCCUUGGAUAAAUGACAAUCCUUUACACCACCUGCAGCCUAACCGAGUAGUACGCUUCAGGGGGAUGAUACAGGAUAUGUUUGAUAACGAAUUCUUCUUGGAGACAUAUGUGGAGAACAAGAUCACCGGGGCUACCAGACUCCAACCAGGACGCUACAAGGAUAUUGCAGAGUGUGGGGCCGGUGAGACAAUUUUAACAGACUCUCCUCGCUGUGAGAUAGGUGAUCGCCUCACUUACUACUGUGUCCCUGUUCCUGGAGAAAAUGACUGGGUUAAACAGAUAUAUCAAGAAAUGAAUCCCUGUAUAGCAGAACCUGGCUCCUCUUACAGUACGUCUCGUAAUAAACGCUGUGUAGACGAAGACGCUGACCAUGGCGCCUCUGAGAACACACACAAUGGCCACACGACAGAAGGCAUGGACAGUAUGGAAUCAGAAGCAGUAGAAUGUGGAGAAAAGAAGCGCAGCAGAACAGAGGAAGGUGAGGCUGCAGGGAGAAACGGUGACAGAGGAUGCAGCAGUGGAGCAACAGGUGUCCCAGGAGCUACACUUGACCUCAACUUCCCCAUCACAGGAAUGAAGGGCACACCAUGUCUUGUGAAGUUAUAUGAUAAUCAAAACUUCUCCCUGAAUGACAUCAUUGAAGUGGUUGGUAUAUUGUCAGUUGAUCCAUCACUGGCGGCUCGAAGCGGUGAUCACUCAGAGGGAGAGUCAUUGAUGAACACAGCAGCCAUGGAGGUAGAGGAAGAAGCUGCACACUGCCCACCACCCUCUCUGGUGCCAAGAUUGCAUGUUAUUACAGCACACAAACUGUCCCACACCAACCCACUCCUCCCUUGUGAACUGGACUCCUCCGAUGAUGUCUUAGCAUUAACGGGAAGUAUGAGAGAAACACGGGAGUCGCUCCGUCAGGUGCUGCAGGAGGCUCUGCUUGGAGAUGAACUUGCUGCAGAACUAUUAAUCUGCCAUUUAGUGUCCUCUGUGUUCCGGAGACAGGACGUACAUGUUCUUGGGAAGUUCAGCCUGAACCUCAAGGGUAUAAACAGGUCCUUGCAAGAACAGCAGUACACCACUCAGCUUUACAAACUGAUCAGCAGUCUCGUCACUCAGUCCCACAUCUUACCCAUGACCCUAAGCAAUAUGAAUACCAUAAAUUUCAUCCCCAAAAAGGAUUACAAAGCAAACCGAUUGGUGAGUGGAUUGCUGCAGUUAAACCAACACACUCACCUGGUAGUUGACGAGACAGCACUCACAGCCGGUAAACUGGAAACGAAGGGGGUUGAGAACCUGACAGCUAUGUGCAACGUUAUCAGGGGCCAGACCAUUGAUUAUGACUUUGAGUAUCACAAGAUUGAACAGAAGACCAACAUUCCGGUUCUCAUUGUGUCAGAGGAACAAACCAUGAUGACCAGUGAUAUUGGAGUAAGACUUGAACCAAAACACUCAGAUGUGUCGGCAGCCUUCAGCCGGGUUGAGGCCAUGUUGACUCCUGACCUGCUUCAGAGGAUACGGUCGUACCUCACUGCCGCCCGCCUCAUGGACUACACACUGUUAGAGGACAUGCAGAAGAUGGUGCAGGAAGACUUUGUUGACACCCGGAAGAAUGACGAUACUAUAUCAGCGUACGACCUUCACAGUCUCUUGGUUCUAGCCAGGCUGUUGGCAGUGAGUUGUGGACAGAACACUCUUACCCCUGAAGUCUGGAAGAGUGCAAUAAUUUUAAGAAAUGAACGGAAAUCUUGCCCUCCGCCUUAAAAGUGGUCUCGUGAGAAUUUGUAAAUUAAUUAGAUUUUUGAGAAAGUCAGCUAUAUUUUGCUUUAUCAUAUCUUUAAGUUUUUUUUAUAAUGAACAACAGUAUUAUAUUCAAGAAGAAAAAGAGAACAAGUUUUUGGAAGUACAUCUGGUGAGUACAGUCUACACAGAUAUUUUUAUAAUACGGGAUGUAAUUUUCCAUUUAAAACUGCUAGUAAAUUUACCCUUUCUUUUAUGAAUAUAACCACAGAAUAUUAAAAAAAUGUAUUUAAUAAAAA